UUGGCAGGGCUCCCCAGCAGCACAGCAUGUGCCCUCCUGUGUGCCUGGCAGCUCCAGCACCCCCUUCCUACCCGCCUGUAGGAGUGGAGAAGUAGUUCAGGAGCUGUGGGGCAGGCGAUAUUUUUGGCUCAGGUCACAGAUUGAUUCCUGCCCACUCUUUCCCUGCUGCUUGCAAGAAAGGGUCCCCAUCUGAGGAUGUAGAGACAAGCUUUUAAAGCCGUGGAGUGGGAGCACAGUGCUGCAGCCUCCCAGUCACCAGGGCUCUAGAAGUCACAAGCAACCAGCACCUGACACGAUCUCAAAGGAACAAUCUCCUGUUAAUUUCGUAAACCGGACUGAGUAACAUGAUGCUCCCAACAUGCAAAUGAUUUCAGAUGGAAACAAAUUACACAUCAGAAAUGACAAUGCUGAUAACAGUACCAUCCUCCACCCAUUCUGUUUCCCAGAACCACCCCCUUUCUCCCCCUCCCACCCUACCAAAGCCUGGGAAGGACAACCUGCGGCUGCAGCGGCUGCUGAAGAAGGCAGCCAGGAAGAACGCCAUCCUCACCUCAGAGCAGGGCAAGUCCUUCCGCUCCAGCCUUUCGCCUGUGAACGAAGCCAGCCCCGACCAAGAACGUGCUGAGAGCCCUGCCCCAGCAGAGCCCCCUGAAACCACAGCACCCCCCUCUGCCCCCCUGCCAACCCACCUCUCCAUCAGGCCUGUCAGCCACCGUGCCCCCUCCCCUUUCCGAAAGGGGAAGCCUUUCGCACUGAAGGUCACCGAGCAGCGGCGCAUUGCUGAACAUGUCAAGCUCACAGCCUCUUCAGCCAUGCCCCUGCUACAGAAGCCAGGAGCACCUGAGACUCCCCAGCAGCCUCAAGGUAUGGGCUCCCACCUUCCCUCUCCAUCUGACCCUUCAGUGUCUGUUCUCCCCCAGCCUCCUCCUUCCAGUACACCCAGUACAGAACAGGCACCAGGGGUUACCUACGUCACCAGGGUGAACACUUAUUUCCACAGCGUCAAGCCCCCCAGGGCUAAGACUCCCACACCAAACCCAACCCAAGGAACUGUCAACCACGAAGACAAAAGGCCUACCUCCCCAGCAUGUCAAACAAGCAGCUCUGAACCAUCUCCAGAGCAGACACCCACCUCAGUUAAAGACAGCAAGGCCACUCCCCCCUUGCCAAAACCUCCCCUCCUUCCUGCCGCAGAGACAGAGCCUCCUGAUCAAGGACCUGUUCCUACUGAGGAGCCCAGCACCUCUGAUGCCCACAUCAAUACAACCCACAGAAGUGACACUGAAAUAUCCAGAUCCAAGACAGCUCCUGAACUGCCCCAGCAAGACAGAAAUGUGCUAAAACCAUCAACAUCCAGCGCUCCCUGGAGGCAAAGACGCCCAGCAACAGCAACUCCAGCACAAACUGAUGGUACUGGGCCCACAUCCACAGACACCAAGGCAGAACACAUCCCUGAACCUCAGAUGACUCCCAGCUUACCCAACAUUGGCUGUCUCGCCAAGGCUGAGCCAGCAUCAUCGUCAGUAGAAGCACCAAGACCUUCUGGAAGUGGUGCCAGUGGCUGGCAUCGCCUCAAGAAGCACUUGAUGGUGCAGCCAGAAGCAAACAACUUCCCAGAGUCUGAGCCAGAAAAGCUGGGACAGAAGGAAGGGAAUAAAGAGGAUGCUGCUCAAGCAGUCAUCGAGCAAGACUCCAUGCUGGUUAAAUCAAAAGCCAUGAGAAUGUGGGAUGCCAUUUUAUACCAGGUGACACUCACCAAGGAGAGGAAGCAGCAAGCAGAAGAGAAGAAGCCACAGAAGGAAGAAAGCGUCUUUCUUCCCCGCCGCUUACCCAUCCUUCUACACAAGCCACGUUUUGAUGCCCGGAAACUGAAGGAACUGGCUGCCAAACCCAUGACAAAGAUCAGCACCGUGUUUGAGCUGAGCCGCUUUCGACCCAAAGGGGCCGCGGAGCACACCAAGAGCUUUAACAGAACAGCAUCAGGAUGGUCGGUCAACUGAAGCCAGGCUGCUCCACGCCUCUGGACAUGCACCAACCGAGAGGACACCUGUGACCAAGUUUACUGCCCAGUGGAGCCAGGAGUAAGAAAAAAAAAGAAAUUAAAUAAAACCCCUCCAAGCCAGCAGCCCCAUGCUGCAGGUUUAAGGGUUACUCUCCAUACAUUCAAAAGCUCAAAUACAUAGCUACCACAUCCACAGGUCACAGGAAAACAAACAUGUUUGUUUUAAAGAGUCAACAACAAUCACUGGAUGAAGUAACAGAGUGAAGAGGACAAACUGCCUAUAGAAAAAAGACCAGUUUUGAGUAGGAUAAUGGAAUCUGAAUUUUUUUGCAUUUAUCUAAGACAGAUCCUAGGAACAGCAGCAGUUGAACAAAAUGGAAACUCAUCCUUUCACCCAAGGCACAGAGAACAGACAGUAAGAUAUCUUGCUCUCACCAAGCAGUUCCUCUGCCUAACAAAAUGGGCAUCAUCCGACAACCUCCUAGGCCAGUCUACUAAAUACUAAUGCACAGAAGAAUAAUUUUGUUAUGGUAAUCAAGUUCUGUUAUGUAUUUUACCAU